GGCCCUCGGGCGGGGGCGGGGCGGGCCGCGGCUCCGACUUCCAACAUGGCGCACGCUGGCGGCGGCGGCAGCGGCGGCGGCGGCCCCGCGGGCCGGGGACUGAGCGGCGCCCGCUGGGGUCGCUCGGGCUCCGCGGGCCACGAGAAGCUGCCCGUGCACGUGGAGGACGCCCUCACCUACCUGGACCAGGUGAAGAUUCGCUUCGGCAGCGACCCCGCCACCUACAACGGCUUCCUGGAGAUCAUGAAGGAGUUCAAAAGCCAGAGCAUCGAUACUCCCGGAGUCAUCCGACGCGUGUCGCAGCUAUUCCAUGAACACCCUGACCUCAUUGUUGGAUUCAACGCCUUCCUUCCCCUCGGGUACCGAAUAGACAUUCCCAAGAAUGGCAAGUUAAACAUACAGUCGCCUCUGUCAAGCCAGGAGAAUUCGCACAACCACAGCGACUGCACGGAGAACUUCAAGCAGCAGAUGCUGUACAAGGAGGACAAAGCCCAGGUGCCCUUGGAGUCCGAUUCCGUGGAGUUCAACAACGCCAUCAGCUACGUGAACAAGAUUAAGACCCGUUUUCUCGACCACCCGGAGAUCUAUAGGUCGUUCUUGGAGAUCUUGCACACUUACCAGAAGGAGCAGCUGAGCACGAAGGGCCGGCCAUUCCGAGGCAUGUCCGAGGAGGAGGUGUUCACCGAGGUGGCCAAUCUCUUCCGGGGCCAGGAGGACCUGCUGUCCGAGUUUGGACAGUUCCUGCCUGAAGCCAAGCGCUCCCUGUUCACAGGAAAUGGACCAUGCGAAAUGAACAGCGUCCAGAAGAGUGAGCAUGAGAAGAAUCUGGAACACAGCAAAAAGCGCUCUCGGCCCUCACUCCUCCGUCCGGUGUCUGCACCAGCCAAGAAGAAAAUGAAACUCCGAGGUACCAAAGACCUGUCCAUCGCUGCCGUGGGCAAGUAUGGCACGCUGCAGGAGUUCUCCUUCUUUGACAAGGUUCGCAGGGUGCUGAAGAGCCAGGAGGUCUACGAGAACUUCCUUCGCUGCAUCGCACUCUUCAACCAGGAGCUCGUGUCCGGCUCUGAGCUCCUCCAGCUCGUCAGCCCGUUUCUCGGGAAAUUUCCAGAACUCUUUGCACAGUUCAAGUCCUUCCUGGGGGUAAAGGAGCUGUCAUUCGCCCCGCCCAUGAGCGACAGAUCCGGGGAUGGAAUCAGCCGGGAAAUUGACUACGCGUCUUGCAAACGCAUUGGAUCCAGCUACCGAGCGCUCCCCAAAACCUACCAGCAGCCCAAGUGCAGUGGGAGGACGGCCAUCUGCAAGGAGGUGCUGAAUGACACCUGGGUCUCCUUCCCCUCCUGGUCAGAGGACUCCACUUUCGUCAGUUCCAAGAAGACCCCCUACGAGGAGCAGCUGCACCGCUGUGAGGACGAGCGUUUCGAGUUAGAUGUCGUCCUGGAGACCAACCUGGCCACGAUCCGGGUGUUGGAAAGUGUGCAGAAGAAGCUUUCCCGGAUGGCGCCUGAGGACCAGGAGAAGUUCCGGCUGGACGACUGUCUGGGGGGCACGUCGGAGGUGAUCCAGCGCCGUGCCAUCCACCGUAUUUAUGGCGACAAGGCUCCCGAGAUCAUCGAGAGCCUCAAGAAGAACCCUGUCACUGCAGUCCCUGUCGUCCUGAAAAGGCUGAAGGCCAAGGAGGAGGAGUGGCGGGAGGCCCAGCAGGGCUUCAACAAGAUCUGGCGGGAGCAGUACGAGAAGGCAUAUCUCAAGUCCCUGGACCAUCAGGCCGUGAACUUCAAACAGAACGACACCAAGGCCCUCCGCUCCAAGAGCUUGCUCAAUGAGAUCGAGAGUGUCUAUGACGAGCACCAGGAGCAGCACUCGGAGGGCCGUAGCGCCCCCUCCAGCGAGCCGCACCUCGUCUUCGUGUACGAGGACAGGCAGAUCCUCGAGGACGCCGCCGCCCUCAUCAGCUACUACGUGAAGCGGCAGCCGGCCAUCCAGAAGGAGGACCAGGGCACCAUCCACCAGCUGGUGCACCAGUUCGUGCCCAGCCUCUUCUUCUCCCAGCAGCUGGACCCGGGGGCGUCCGAGGACUCCGCCGACGAGGGCCGGGGCAGCCCCCAGGGCCAGAGCGCGGAGCCCGGUGACCGGAAGAAGCCGGCGCCCGGGCCGCAGAGCGGUCCCCCGGAGGAGAAGGGGGCCGCGGGCGAGGCGCCCGCCCCCGAGCAGGCGCCGCAGCGGCACAAGCCCCUGGACGACGUGUACAGCCUCUUCUUCGCCAACAACAACUGGUACUUCUUCCUGCGCCUGCACCAGACCCUGUGCUCCCGGCUGCUCAAGAUCUACCGCCAGGCGCAGAAGCAGCUGCUGGAGUAUCGGACGGAGAAGGAGAGGGAGAAGGUGCUGUGUGAGGGCCGCCGGGAGAAGGGCAACGACCCCGCCAUGGAGCUGCGGCUGAAGCAGCCAAGCGAGGUGGAGCUGGAGGAGUACUACCCCGCCUUCCUGGACAUGGUGCGGAGCCUGCUGGAGGGCAGCAUCGACCCCACGCAGUACGAGGACACCCUGCGCGAGAUGUUCACCAUCCACGCCUACGUGGGCUUCACCAUGGACAAGCUGGUGCAGAGCAUCGCCAGGCAGCUUCAGCGGAGUGGAAUUCACGGCACACAAAAUGCAGUUCAGUGGCAUUCAGUGCGCUCACCGUGUCGUGCGGCCACCGCGUGCCCCUCCCCCGGUCCCUGGCCACCGCCAGUCUGCCUUCUGUCCCUGCGGAUCUGCCUGCUCUGGGCGUUUCGCGUAAAUGGAAUCCCACGCCGUGGCCUUUUGUGUCUGGCUUCUCUCAAACUCCGUAUGGUGUUUUCCAGGUUCAGCCACGUUGUGAUGUGUGUCAUUGCUUCGCUCCCUCGUGUGGCUGCCUCCCGUCGUGUGGAUGGACCAUACUCGUCCGUCCACGCAUCUGGGGGUGGCCACUUUGCUCGUUGCCACCUUUUGGCGAUUGUGAACAGUGCUGUGAACACGGGUGUACAAGGAUUCGUUUGACUCCUCGGUGACAGAUCUUUUUCUUUUGUUUGUUUAUUUUUGAGAGAGAGACAGAGCGUGAGGGGGGAGGGACAGAGAGAGAGGGAGACAGAAUCCGAAGCAGGCUCCGGGCUCCGAGCUGUCCGCGCAGAGCCCGACAUGGGGCUCAAACUCACGGACCGUGAGAUCAUGACCUGAGCCGAAGUUGGACACUCAACCGACUGAGCCCCCCGGGCGCCCGACAGACCUUUCUUAAAGGUAAUUUGGCAACACGUAAAGAACCAUAGGCCAGGGACACCGGCAGGGGCGGGGGCAGCCAGUUAAGUGUCCCACCCUUGGUGUCAGCUCAGGUUAUGAUCUCAUGGUUUGUGGGUUUGAACCUGCCUGGGAUUCUCUCUCUCCCCCUCUCUCUGCCCCUCUCCUGCUCACUCAUCCUCUCUCUCAAAAUAAAUAAACUCUUAAAAAAUCAGUUAAUUUAAAAAAAGAAUUGUAGCCCACUUCUGGAGGGAGAAUAUCGGGGACAUGUAUUAGCAUCGCUUAUAAGAGCAAAAGUCACCCAGAGUUGAGUGUCACCAAGAGAGAACAGUCAUGCUAAUAAUAUACACAGCAAUACCCCAGGUGAGUCAGAUGUGGUCUUGGGACGCUAGUCCUGCUCAGUUACACCAGAACAGUUGUCGUUCAUCCUGACUUUGUUUCCUAUUUAUCGAGUAAGGCUGUUUGCUGUAAAGCCGCAGAGAAGCCGAGGAAAGUAGCGUCCCAAGUCUCCUGCCCAGAUACAGUUGCUUUCCUUUCCCGCCAAAGUAGAACACACACAGAACUGUGCCCCGAUCCCACGCAUGCGGCUCAGUGGGUGGUCACGAACAGCCCCAGCGCUGCCUCCUUUCAGCGCCCCUCCCCCCCCCCCCACCUACAGGCACCCACGCCCCUGGUUUCGAGCUUUGUGUCUGUGUGCAUCUGGCCACACCCCGCCAGUGUGAUUCUGUGAGAUUCCUCGGCCGAGAUGCCUGAGCCCCCUUCCGCCUCUGCCUGGGAAGGACGGUGGGAAUGAGCCCCUGUUUAGACCCUCGAAGUUGCCAUCCGUUCAUUUCCACCACUCCCCCCGGCCCGGGGUGGGGCGCAGGCAGGCUUCCCGGGGUGCACAGAGUCCUUCCUGGGGCUCAGGAUCGGUGGCCUCUCCACCCUCACGGGCCAAACGGUGGUGACUGUUGUGGCUUAUGUUGCAUUUCCCUGAAGGUUUGUGGGGUGGGGCCUUUGCGUCCCUCUGUGGCCAUGCGGACGUCCUGGCUUGAGGGCCCUGUCUGUGCCAUUUGGCCGUUCCCCGUGGAGCCCACCUUUUCCCCCACCGAUGAGCGGGGGGCUUUGCGUCUUCUCGGUGGUUGCUGGGACGCAUCACCACAGACACCCGUGCUCUGAGACCCCAACUAACCCUUUUGGUUUUGGCCACCUCCCCGUUUCCCUCUGUGUCCCGGGCUGGGUCUUUGUCCUUUCCUGUCUCUCUCUCUCUCUCUGGUCGUGACCUCUGUAGACGUGUGCAGAGGAAGCAAGCACCCAGGGCCUGUGCAUGGCUCCGGGCGACAGGGAUGCCAGGUGCGCGUCCCCAGGCCGAGCGUCCCGCCUGCCCCCGGCAGGGCACAGCUCUGGGGACAGUAGCCUUGACUUUAGCACCUAGAGGUUGGACCCAACCAGAUACUCUGAUUAAUGUUUGUUUGUUUAAUUAUCCUUUCCACAAACGUCUCCUGUGGAACUCCCUUCCAUUUUCUUUACCAGCAGCCAACGUUCGCUGGGAACUUGUCACGUGACAGGCAUCGUGUGAGACUUCCGUGCGUCCACACGGUGUCUUUAUUCAACAAAGCAGCACGUGGGGAAGACUCCCGAACCCCGAGCCUGUAGCAGCCUGUCCGGACCGCGGCUGGUGCCCUGAGGCCCCGGCUCACCUGCGCGGUCCGACCUGCCGCCCGGCCGCGUCCCUUACCCACCUUCUCCUAAGCCUCAAGGUUGCAAGUGUGUUUAUAGCGGUUGAAAGAACUCACUGUGUUUAUAGCGGAACGCUGAGGGAGACGUGACGUGCCACCGUGGCACCUUUAAUUACCGUCCCCACUCUGGCACCUUUUCUUCUGUGUUUUUUUUUUUUCUGUGUGUUUCUCGUGCCCCGGCAGGGCUCGUGGGUCUGGGCCGGGCUGCCCCUGGCCUCCACGCCCAACCUCGCGCGCUUUGCCGGCGUCCCCUCCGGGUGAGGCGGGGGCUGGGGUUCCAGCCGCACCCCUCCCCGCUCCUGGGGGCACGCGCGCCGGGCACCCACUGGCUCUCCCUCCC